ACGCCUGUCUGUGGUGGGUUUCUCCUAGAAACUCUGGGAUGCAAGGCUGUGUGGGCGGAGCCCGCGGGGGCGGGGCUCUGGGGCGGAGCGAGCUCCUCAGGCAGACUCCGCUCCAGGCUGUAGUUUAAAAGGCUGGAAGGCGGGCUUCGGGAACUAGCAUCCUGAGAGUGCCAGAGAAGAGCCUGUUUGGCACAGCCAUGACCCGGCAGGCAGGGAGCUCCUGGUUCCUCCGUGGUCUCCUGCUCUUCACAUUGUUCGCUUCCGGCGUCGCCCCCUUCAACUGGGAUCUCCCGGAGCCCCGCAGCCGAGCAAGCAAGAUUCGAGUGCACCCUCGGGGCAACCUCUGGGCGACCGGUCACUUCAUGGGCAAGAAGAGUCUGGAACCCCCGAGCCUGUCACUGGUGGGGACAGCACCCCCUAACACCCAGAGGGACCAGAGACUGCAGCUGAGUCAUGAUCUGCUCCGGAUCCUCCUGCUAAAGAAAGCUCUAGGCAUGAACCUCAGUGGCCCAGCUCCCCCAGUCCGGUACAGGAGGCUGCUGGAGCCACCACUGCAGAAGUGAUGCCAAUAGUGGAACAAACAGGAUGCUGGGCAGGAGCAUGGCCAUCCAGGGAAGCUGACCAAUGGAACCCUAGUGGUGGCCUC